GGUUGCUCUACACGACUUUCCCCCCUGCGCGACGCGCCCGAGUCUGGUCGAGAAAAGACUGCGGUCGUUUCCAAGGAAGCUGGCAACCAGACUGGCAGCUCCGCAGAGCCGCCCGCUCACAUGACCACUGCCAGCUGCCCAUGACGGACCUGCUACAGGUGCUGCCCGACUUUGAGGCGAGGCCCUUCACGCACCUGCUGCCUUCGCUCGACAAAACUCUCAUCACCGUCAACGACCUGCUCACUCUUGACGCGCAGGAUGUCGCCAAGCGCGCCCAAUUGCCUGCCGGCGAGCUGAGGAAGCUCGUCGAUGCCGUGGUGCUCGCUCUACACCAGCAGCUUGGCUUAGGCGGAGAGGCUGCUGCUGAGGAUUCCUUCUCUACCGCAUUGGGUAACCCGGGGGACUCGUGGAAGUGUAUCAGCACGCUGGACGAGAAGCUCGACGCUGCGCUUGGGGGCGGCAUACCGCCUGGUUAUCUGGUGGAGGUGACUGGUGAGAGUGGCGCUGGCAAGACGCAGUUGCUGCUCACCCUUCUGCUCGCUGUGCAACUGCCCGCACCGCUUGGCCUCUCGAAGACGGCAGUCUACAUCUCCACAGAAGCCGUACUCUCCACAACCCGUCUCGCGCAACUACUUUCGGCGCACCCGGCACUCGAGAGGCUAUCCCCAGAAGAACGGCCCUCGCUGGCCAAAGUACUGGCUAUUCAGACCCCAGACCUCGAGUCGCAAGAGCACAUCCUGCGCUACCAGCUGCCUGUUGCCAUCAAGAAGCACAACGUCGGACUUGUCAUCUUGGACUCCGUUGCUGCCAACUAUCGCGCCGAAUUCGAGAAGAAGGGCGCCAGUAAUGGCGCUGCCUCGAUGGCCAAGCGCGGCACGCAGCUCGUACAGUUGGGCGCACUGCUGCGAGAGCUAGCACGCACGGAAGGCAUCGCGGUAGUCGUUGCCAAUCAAGUCGCCGACCGCUUCACGAAGCCGCCCUCGCCACCGAACUCGAAUGUCGUCUCUCGCAAUACGUCUACCAAUAGCCAAUGCACACGCGACAACACACCCCAGCCGUCGAACCCGGCGCAGUCCAUACCAGCCUCGCAGUUCGACGACAGCGUGCUCUUGUCUCCCGACCCUCUGGUCCUUGACCAUCAACAGCGCUGGUUCACUGGCUGGGGUGACAUUGCGCAUGAAGCGCCGCAUUAUCUGAAGACGCCGUCGCUGGGACUGGUCUGGACAAAUCAACUGGCGUGCCGAAUCGCUCUGAUUAAGAAGCCCGUAUUUGCAAGCAGGGGGCCUCUCAUUCACGUGGGGAAUGGUGAUGACCAGUGGAACGAGCAGGAAGAGACCCAUAUCUCUAACUGGCGACGCUGGGUCAAGAUCGUGUUCGCGCCAUGGACAUCGCCAACUGAGGGUCGAGGUCUAGAGUUCGAAAUCACCAAGCAAGGAAUCAAAGCCGUAGUCAAGGAAGCAAAGACAUGAGACAAUCGUACCAGCCCGUGCAACAUUGCUGUUUGAAUAUGCUGGCCAACGCUGCCGUGCUCCGUGACACUAGCGUGCUUUGCGAGACGACGCCACACGAACCUCUGAACAUGGUCAGCAACGACACAUCUGUCAACAGUGCCUCGCAGCAGAGCCCUCGAUUGAAACAAUACGCAUCGCACGUCUAUGGCACAUUAGUCACAUGGAGAUCUACUCAGACAGCUCGCCCGCCCAUCUCCAUGGCGAAUGCGCUGCCGAGGUCUGUUUCCCCUCCCUGACGCGUUGGAACUUGUCAGCGAGUUAGAGAUGCACCGCAAUGCAUGGCUCAGACGUUUGGAUGGCACCGGACCUACAGUCAGCUGUGGAAGCUAGUAUAGCAUGGCCA